GGGCGGUCCGCCGCACUUCGCGGACCGACAUGCCGCCGCCGCUGCUGCUGCCUCCGCCGCCGCUUGCUGCGCCUUCCCCGCCUCCCUUCUCUUCUUCUUCUUCCUCCUCCUCCUCCUCCUCUUCCUCGGCGUGAAGUGAGCCUCCCGGGCCGCCAUGAGGAGCCCCGACGACCUGGAGGGCUUCGACGGCGAGGCGUCCAGCACCUCCAUGAUCUCCGGCGCCGGCAGCCCCUACCAGCCCACCACCGAGCCCGUCAGCCAGCGCCAGGGGUUGCGCGGCCUCCGCUGCGACCGCGACUAUCUGCGCGGCCCCGUCGGCCUCCUGAAGGUCGCUCAGGUGGUUUUGGCUUUGAUUUCCUUCAUCUGCAUAGAGACCAUCAUGGAAUGUUCUCCUUGUGAAGGACUUUAUUUUUUUGAAUUUGUCAGCUGUAGCGCCUUGGUAGUUACUGGAGUUCUAUUGCUUAUGUUCAGCCUAAAUCUCCACUCAAGAAUACCACAGAUCAACUGGAACACUACAGAUUUGGUCAAUACUGGAAUCUGCACUUUCUUCUUCUUCAUUGCGUCGAUAGUACUUGCAGCUUUAAACCAUAAAAAAGGUGCAGAAAUUGUAGCUGCGAUAUUUGGUUUUUUGGCAACCACAGCCUAUGCUGUGAAUUCAUUUUUAGCAGUUAAAAGCUGGAGAAACACCAACAGACAGCAAAACACGCGACAGACCAGUGAUUAUAUACGUGCUCGGACAGAAUCCAGAGAAGUAGACAACCGUCCAGAAAUUCAACGUCUGGAUGGGUGAAAACGGGAACUUCCUUAAAAAGAUUUUUUAAAAAAAAAGCCUGUGGACCUACGUUUUAAAGAAAAGAAGAUGACGACGAUAAUUUUUACAGGCAGUAAAGGAGAACGUGAUGGCCAGGAACAUGUUCAAAGAGAAGGAGGUGGAUUAAGAAGCAAUUAUAUGAAGUCUAUAAUGACAAUUGCAUAUAUUUUUUUGUCCGUAAAUAAUGGAGGAUGGAGA